CACAUGUUUAAUGCAAAUAAUCCCUCUGAAUUUUUUCAAGGGUAGGUUGGGCACAUCUUGACCCCCAGACCCCUAAAGAGUUGAUUAUAUGGGUUGUUCAUUGUAGAAAAUUGCUACAACAACAACAUUAUCCCAAUGCCUCAAAGGCUUUGUUCUUAUUGAAUGCAAACGGAAAGAUUUUCGUAUUUUUAUCUAGACUGCCAAUUUUUGCUAAAGCAUUCUAACAUCAUGUUUCUUCAUUCUCAAGUCUCAAGUAACAUCUUGAAUUGGAUUGUGCAGUUAUGGCUGUAGAAAAUGGAGUUGAUGCAUGGAAAGUUUUAGAUGAUUUAACCAAUCACAUAGAUCUUAUUUUAACCGAAGUAACUAUGCCAUAUUUGUCAGGCAUUGGCCUGUUAUCAAAGGUUAUGAACCACAGAACUCACAAAAGUGUACCUGUGAUCAUGAUGUCAUCAAAUGAUUCUAUGGGAAUAGUCUUCAAGUGUUUGUCAAAGGGUGCAGUGGACUUUUUAGUGAAGCCUAUUAGGAAGAAUGAGCUUAAAAAUCUCUGGCAACAUGUUUGGAGGAAAUGUCACAGUUCAGGUGGUAGUGGGAGUGAAAGUGGGAUACGCAUAGAAAAGUCCACAAAAGCGAAAAAUAUUGAAGGUGUAGAAGAUAGCAGUGAUGGCAAUGAUGACAAUGCAAGUGAUAAUGGAAGUGGCACUCAGGGUUCAUGGUCAAAACGAGCAAUUGAAGUGGAAAGCCCUCAGGCCAUGUUGCAAUGGGAUGAAUUAGCUAAACCCAUUGACAGCACUUGUGCUCAGGCCAUUCAUUCAAGACCAGAAGCACAAAGUUCAAAUUGGGUUCCUACAAAUUCUGGCAGAGAAUACCAAGGUGUUAAAGAUGAACACGUAGGAAAUGCCUCAAUGGGCAAGGAUCUGCAGAUAGGAGUAGCAAGCACUCCAAACUUGCAGAUUAAUGCUGAAGAAGGGUCAAAAGAUGAAGAGACAUUGAUUGGAAAGCUAGAGGAGCUGAACACCGCUCAAAAGAGUGAGUUAAGAGGCGAGGAUACUGCCAAUGGUGUUCUGACCAAAGAAACAGGAACUUAUGAUAACACGACGACAAAAGAGAUGCCCUCACUUGAACUCAGUUUGAUGCAACACAGAGAAGUUGGAGACAGUGGGACCACGAUGCAAGAACGCAAUAUACUGAGGCACUCGGGCCAAUCAGCAUUCUCAAGGUAUGGUGGUGGUACUACUGCUACAACUUCUGCUAACAAUCAGGCUCCAACUGGAAAUGUGGGAAGCUGCUCUAAUGUUGACAACAACAACAACAACUACAACUACAACUACAGCAACAACAACUACAACAACAACUACAACAACAAUAGUUCGGAAGUAGCAAAAACUGGAUCAAUGCAUAAUUCAAGUAGCAUACCCAAUCAUCAGUCAAAUGGCAGUGGUAACAAUAUCCAUGAUGUGGGCUCAUCAACCAAUAAAAUUCCAGUGAAGCCGCCAGAAACGAAGAUCCCGUUUGGAAAAGUUGAUUCCGUGGCACAGGCGGCCUUAGUACAGUCGAGGGUGAUGAUGCAGCAGCAGCAGGUUCAAGUUCAGCACCACCAUCACCAUUACCAUCACCAUCAUCACCAUAUGCAUAGCCAGCAGCAACAACAACAUCAAAAUGACUCUUUGCCUGCUAGAGGAAAUGGUGAAGAUGCUCCACACUAUAUGUUAGGGGGUGAAGGGAACUACACGAGUGCAUCGGGAAGUAACAAUGGAAGCAAUGGGCAGGAUGAAAGCAACCCUGCCGUGGUUGGCGAGGAAACAACUAACGACAACAUGGAUACUGAAGACGAGACGGAAGCAAUAUGGAAAGCUGGCGGUGGCAGCCUUGAACAAGUUCCGGCAAAAAAGGAAAGAGAGGAACUUCGGUAAAAAGGUUCGGUAUCAAAGCAGGAAGAGAUUGGCCGAGCAGAGGCCACGCGUCCGCGGACAAUUUGUGAGCCUGUCUUCUUCCCCCGACAACAACGGCAAAGGCAAAGCAAGUGAUUCAAAUAGCUGACCUCGGCCUGCCUGGUCACUCGAUGAUGGUGCUUGCAAUGUGUGUAUUAUGUGUACGUGGUGGUGGUGGUGGUGGCGGCGGCGGCGGUGGUGGCGGUAAGCAGCAUUGGGAUAUGGAGUCUAGUUACUAGCAGUUAAAAAAUAUGUUUGGUUGUUGGACCCCAUUAUUCAUUCCCACACGAUUGAUUUGUGUUUAUGUCUCUAGUCUUUAAAAUAAUCAUUUACUCGUAAUUAUUAGGACACACAAACACUUUGCUAGCGCUCAUUUACUAAUGAAUAACCACUUAACAAGCGCUGUGUUACUUGUUUC